GAAUGUUUUGCACUGCAGAAAGACCCAGUGCACUACUUUGUUUUUUAAAUUAAUACUUUUUUAAAUUCUGACUUUUCAGGGGGUGUAGCACCCUCAGCACCUCUACUUCUUAUGUCUGGAAGUUAAGCAACGAUUUACCAAUUCUUUAUGGAUGGCUCCACGACUUGGGUGUCACUCCUGUCCCCAGUUAAAAUAGCCAACUGUCGUGAACAAUGACUUCAGUUGCAGCAUGCAUAUUCAUUUGAUGAAUCAGUUAUUGCAAAGGACAAGGAGGUCGGAAGAACUAGCGCAUGAAUACACUGAAGUAAAGAACACGAAUGAGAAGUUCGGUGACUGCCGCGUCUCUUCUGUGCAAUCCAGAAUAAGAAGCUAUGGCACUAGACUGUACAUCGCUGACAAAACUAACCCUUGUUUUAUGUGUGGCAGCCCAUGGCUUUCCCCCAGUGAGCGGCUGCAGCGGUGCCUACGGGAGGGCCAUUCCCUCACUUAGCGGCUGCAGCGGUGCCUAUGGAAGGGCCAUCUCUGACUUCUGUGUGACCAAGUUCACUGUGGACAUGGAGGCCCUGGACCAGAGGCUGUGGUGCAGCUGGCCCGACACCUUUCAGCCUUACGAGGAACUGACCAACUGCACAUUUUUCGUGGCCCUCAAGAUGCACUGCUUCUGGCCCAACCGGCUGAUAGACGAACUCUUCAUCCGCCUCCACCGGGACUACUUUCAUGACUGCGCUCUGACCGGCAGGCUGCUUCGCGACCCUCCUAUAAGUAUCCUGGGGACUUUCAUUGGAGUGCCUGUGCUGGUCACUCUGCUCAUGACUGCCCUAGUAGUGUGGAGGGGUAAACGCUGUCAGGGAAUCGUGUAACUGUCUCAUCCUGGGUGAAGGUGCCCCGGGGUACAGAAUACAGAUCUAGAAUCAGUUUGCCCUGCCAAAAUUCUAACCUGAACCAUUAGCGGAGGAAACGCAAAACUGACCCGAGUCCAGCUUCUAGGGAUCAACCUGAGCUCUUGGAGAUGUUUGUUUGAUAGGGUAGACAUGAUGGAGGGGACACUGAACUGGGACAAAUGACAAGCAGAGAUAUCCAACAGCAUACUAAGACUGUGAUCUCUCUGUGAUGUUUGUUAUUUGAUGGACACUGGUAGUAUGGGUGAAGGACCUUUCAGAAGCCUACUUCUGAAACAAAGCAAAGGCUAUUUAAGCUUGUACUGUGGCUCAUCAAUAGCUCUAGAAAUUCCAAUUGAAAACAUGCAUUGUAUUGUUGUAAACCACAAAUUGGCCAACCAAGAGAGGGCUAAUGUGGGGUAGGGCAGGGAGUACAGUAUUGGUAGAGUGUAUGACCUUGUAUGUCAAAAUCAAUGCAACGACAUCUAAAAUGUAGCUUUGGGCAUAUUGGACACCAGCCAAAGUCUUUACAUGAACUGAUUGGAUGUAUAUAAAGUGUUUCACAGAAAAGGCUUUAUUUGAUUUAGAUCUCCAUGCCCAGUAGCCACGCCCUUUAAUAAAAAACAAACAUUAAUAUACUUUA